CUAUCAUCAUCCUCCGCCGUCUACACUUCUAUAUAAACCAACGAAAACGAUGUCGAAUUGUGCCUGCCAGUGCCAGUGACCUCACUUACGCUCAGCAUAUAGCUAGACAGCGACGACGGGGUCCAGGGCCAUGGCUGCUAAGGAAAGCAAGCUGACGACGACGGCCGGAGUGGCCCAGCGGCUGGCCGUCGUCGCCGCGUGCGUACUAUGCCUGCUGCCGGCGAUGGCCCACGCGCAGCUCCGGGUGGGAUUCUACGACACCAGCUGCCCUAACGCCGAGGCGCUCGUCCGCCAGGCCGUCGCGGCUGCCUUCGCCAAGGACGCCGGCAUCGCCGCCGGCCUCAUCCGCCUCCAUUUCCACGACUGCUUUGUCAGGGGCUGUGAUGCCUCCGUCCUCCUCACCGUGAACCCUGGCGGCGGCCAGACCGAGCGUGACGCCGUGCCAAACAACCCGAGCCUCCGCGGCUUCGACGUGAUCGACGCCGCCAAGGCCGCCGUUGAGCAGAGCUGCCCGGGCACCGUGUCGUGCGCCGACAUCGUGGCCUUCGCCGCCCGCGACAGCAUCAGCCUCACCGGGAGCGUCUCGUACCAGGUCCCCGCCGGCCGGCGCGACGGCCGCGUGUCCAACUCGUCGGACACCGUCGACCUGCCCGCGCCCAGCUCCACAGCGCAGACCCUCAUCGACAAGUUCGCGGCCAAGGACCUCACCUUGGAGGACAUGGUGGUCCUCUCCGGCGCCCACACCGUCGGCCGCUCCUUCUGCGUCUCCUUCUUCCAGCGCGUCUGGAACACAAGCACGAACCCCGCUACGGCAAUCGUGGACGCGGGGCUGAGCUCGUCGUACGCGGCGCUGCUACGCGCGCUGUGCCCGUCGAACACGACGCAGACGACGCCGAUCACGACGGCCAUGGAUCCCGGGACGCCCAACGUGCUGGACAACAACUACUACAAGCUCCUGCCACGCGGCAUGGGGCUCUUCUUCUCCGACAACCAGCUGCGCGUGAACACGCAGAUGGCCGCGCUGGUGAGCAGCUUCGCGGCGAACGAGACGCUGUGGAAGGAGAAAUUCGCGGCGGCGAUGGUGAAGAUGGGCCGCAUCCAGGUGCAGACGGGGGCGUGCGGGGAGGUCCGUCUCAACUGCGGCGUCGUCAACCCGAGUUCAUACUCGUCGCCGUCGACGGUGGUGGAGCUGGGUUCGAGCGCGCCAGCCGCCGUCGAUGAAGAGGGCUACGCCGCCGCGAGCUAAUAGCUUCCUAAAUCUGCCGCCGUCGUUGUCGAUGAUUGAUUUUCUCGCUUUCAACCCUGCUUUUCAUUUUGUCGCGUGGACUGUAGUUUUGUUGUGUCGAUGAUCUUUGUUGUGUGCCAGUGCCACUAAACGUAUGCAUCCUGGCCGGACUCUUAACUUCGGUGGUGGGUAAUAAGCACAUGUACGAGUAAGUUGAGAAUUUCUGUCAAUUCCCUUAAGUGUUGUUACUAGCGUGUGUUCCUAUGUGGAUCUGACAAUACCAAGCCACACCAUGGCUUGACAUGCUGCCAGGAGCUAGCCUGCAGCAGCUAUGAUCAAUAGCAAGGCCUUGUUUAGUUCA